CCGUAUUUAGUCGAAUUAGUAUUCGCCCAACCGCCGAAGUUGUAAGAUAUUGUCUGUAAUCAUGGUGCAUAAGUUGGUGCUGGUGGCCGUGUUGGCCCUAGCAGCGGUGACGCUUGCCGAAAAGAAGCCAAUCUCCGUUGCGCCCUUAGUGGAUAAGCUUUCGAAUGCCAACCCGAUGCCCAAGAUCCCGGAAGGGUACAAAUCGGAAAAUGCAAGGACCACCGGACACUUGUUCCGCACCCGUGUCGACCACUUCAAUCCGCAAAAACGUGAAACCUUCCAGUUCGAAUACUUCUCCAACGAUGAGUACUACCGGCCAGGAGGACCGAUCUUCGUAGUUGUAGGUGGAAACCACGCAAUUUCUCCGUACUUCCUUGAACAUGGACACUUCCACGACGUUGCGCACUACGAAAAUGCCUGGAUGUUCACCAACGAGCACCGUUUCUACGGCAACAGUAUGCCGACUGAAGAUCUCUCGGUUGAGAAUCUCCGUUACCUGACCGUCGAACAGGCGAUGGUUGAUUUGGCUGAAUGGAUCUUCCACCUGCGUAACUCCGUCGUCCGUGACCCCAAUGCUCGAGUUAUUCUGCUGGGAACUGGAUACUCCGGUGCUAUUGCCACCUGGAUGCGUCAACGAUAUCCUCACCUGGUUGAGGGUGCCUGGGUUUCCAGUGGACAAAUCGAAGCCCGUUUCAACUUCAAGGAAUACGCCGAGGAAGUUGGAGAGGUUAUCCGUGACUUUGGAUCCGACGAAUGUUACAGUCAAAUCUGGAGAGCCUUCCGUACCGCUGAGAACCUGAUCGAUGCCGGAUUGGGCUCUACGGUGGCAGAUCUGUUCAACACCUGUGAACCUAUCUACGUAGAUGAUAUAACCAUGUUGGACGUGGAGACAUUCUUCUGGCACGUCAAAACUGCUCUGCAGAGGGCAGUCUUGGAAGAGCAGGACACUGAAACUACGGAGGAGCUUUGCGAGCAGUUGAACAACAGCACUGAGGUCACUGAUCUGCAGACAAUCGCCAACUGGGUUCAUGAUUUCUAUGAUUUCCUGGAUUGCAUGCCUUUCGACUUCGAUGCCGCUAUCGAUGCUCAUCAGUAUGUUGAUCCUAAAGUUCCGGAGAAUGCCGUCUAUGGUCUGCGUCAGCGUACCUAUCAACUCUGCACGGAAUUCGGAUGGUUCUUGACCGCGGAUUCGCAUGAUCAGCCAUUUGGCUAUCGAGUAUCCAUGUACUUCUUCUUGAACAUUUGCAGAGCCAUCUACGGUAAUUGGCUAUAUAGUGAAGUCGUUUACGAUGGUAUUCACUUGACGAACAUGCACUUCGGUGGCAAGAAUCCACGUAUCUCUAAUGUGCUGUUCACCAAUGGCGGUUUGGAUCCUGUCCGCGAUGUGUCCAUCACCGAGUACUAUCUGCCCGGAUCUGGUGCCAUCGUCAUCCCCGGAUACUUUGGUAGUGAAGACGUUCACUCCAUCAGCGGCUACAACUCACCUGAAAUGCUUGAGGCCAAACACUCUAUCCAUACAUUCAUUGAAAGCUGGUUGUGGGAACCAAUUGUACCAAUAUAAUGAUAUUAGGUAAAAUGUAUGUAUUUUACGUAUUGAGGAAAAUACAGAAUGUUUAAAAGUA